AUGGGCCGAAGAAGGAGAGCGGCGUCGGUGAAGAGCGCGCCGGAAGAGGCGGGGCGCAGAAUCCGGCGCCGGAAGCUGCGCCAAAGGGCGCGCUGGGCGCGUGCGCAGGGUCGGCCUUUCGCAGCCGGCUUCGCGGCGCAGAGGAGGGAGAGGCGCCGGCGCGCGCGCGCCUCGGGCCCAGGCAGCGGGAGAGGGAGGACGCGGGGCCGCCGGGCCGCCCCACUGGCAGGUACCCGGGAGGGGGGGGGGAGGAGGGGGCGGCCUUUUCUGAGGGGAGGCGCCAUUCCGAGGGGCCUUGGGGGGUGGGGGCGUCAACCCCCGGGGUCCUCUGACAGGGGCGCGUGCGUGUGAGAGCGCGGGGGAGACGCGGGUCGGAAGUGGCCGUGGGAAAGGGCGCGGGGCGUGUGUAUAUGACCCUCGUGUGGCCCCUUUUCCCCCACACCCCCCGUCAAAAAAGGCCCUUCGCUUCGACAGGCAGGCAAGCAAGACGUACACACACACACACACACACACACACACGUGUGUGUGUGUACACGCCUAUAUAUGUAUGUAUAUGUAUAUGCACGCCUUGCCUGUCGAAGCGAAGGGCCUUUUUUGACGGGAGACGCGGGUCAUCAACCCCGAGGGUCUUCUGAAAGGGGCGUGUGGGUUUGACAGCGGUGGGGAGACGCGGGUCGGAAGUGGCUGUGGGAAAGGACACGGGACGUGUAUAUAUGACCCUCGUGUGGUCCCUUCCCCCCCCCCCCAUAUACACACACACACACCCCGUCAAAAAGGCCCUUCACUUUGACAGGCAGGCAGGCACACACAUAUAUAUUUAUGUACGCAUAUACAUACACACACACACACAUAUAUAUAUAUAUAUAUAUAUAUAUAUAUAUAUGUCUAUAUAGAUAUAUUUAUUUAUUUAUUUAUGUACGCAUAUAUAUAUAUAUAUAUAUAUGUUUGUAUAUAUGGGGUCUGGGUUAAAGGCGGAUCUACACGGAUCCUCAUGGAUCCUCCACUUUUUAAAAAAUAACUCCAACAAAUCCAGUGUCAAAUCACACCUGGAAGGCACACCUACAAACUGGACUAUAAAAAACAUGGAUCCAACACUUUGCCACGCAAAGUGUGUGUGUGUAUGUGUACGUACUCCUUGCCUGCCCGCCUGCCUGCCUGCCUGUGGAAGCGAAGGGUCUUUUCUGAGGGGAGACGCAGGUCGUCAACCCCGAGGGUCUUCUGAAAGGGGCGUGUGUGUUUGACAGCGGUGGGGAGACACAGGUCCGAAGUGGCUGUGGGAAAGGGCACUGGGCCGGGCAGGCAGGCAGGGCAAGUGUCACAGGGAGCUGCUGCUUCCACUUCGCCCCAUUCUGAGGGGUCUUUUGGGGGGGUACGUUGCCCUUGCUUGGGCCACAAGGGUGUUUUGGAAGCGCUCGCCCAGAGAUGCUUUUUUUAAGCUGCCAGGUCUGACCAUUGGUCUACCCAGCCCUUCAUAAAUGUGGGGCUUCUUAGAAUGGUAGAGUGGGGAAAGGGACCGCACGAGGGUCAUCUAGUCCAACCCCCUCCAAGGCAGGAACCUUUGGCCCAGUGUGGGGCUCAAACUCAGGAUCCUGAGUCUCAUCCUGUGCCCGCUGAGCCAUUCUGAUCAUUGCUGAAUCCAGCCAGCAGCCCAUCAAGCCUCUGAAGAAAUAGCCAGUUGGAUGCUUCUGGAAGCUCACAAGAGGCCAUGAAAAUUAUGGCCAUCUCUUUAAAAAGUACUUUCCGGUUCCAUCUCUCUGAGCACCAUAAUUAGGAAGAUUCUGCUCAAACCCGCAACCCUGAGAUUAAUGCUCUGCCUCAACUGAGCUAUCCCAGAUUUGUUUUGUUACUGUUUUUUAUUAGGUGUUUUAUUUUCUUGUGGGUUGUUUUUUGUGUGUGUGUGGACCGCCUUGAGAUCUUUGGAUGAGGGGUGGUAUACAGAUUUAAUAAACAAUAGUGAUGAUCAAGACAUUAGUGGUGCUUUUCUGCGACUGGUGGUGAGAGUCUGUCUUCAGGGCUUCUGGGGGAACGGGGCAAAGGCCCUUUCCCAGCACCCCAACUGCAUGGGAAUCAUUUAGGUUGUAAAGGGAGAGGAUCUCCUGUAAGAAAACCGCUUCUGCUGAGCUCUUCAGACAGUCUCCCGAACUUCUCAGGCUCCAUGCUAGUGGGCUCAGAUUCAGGCUAGUGGGCUCAGUCCAAGGCAGAGAGGCUAUGUUAGUGAAGCCCUUUGAUUUGGAGAUUGAACCUGUGCGUUUAAAGUGUAUGUUCUACCUGUUGGAAUAGUUCAGACUCCAUUUUUCUUUUCUUAUUUUGGGUAGAUUUGCCCCAGUUUCUAAUUGGUAGUGGAGACACACCCUUUUCUAGUAGUACUGCCUCUCCCGGUCUGCCCCACAGAGAGCCUCAAGGUCCAUAUAUAGUAACACCCUAGAGAUCCCGGGCCCUAAGGAAGUUAGAUUAGCUUCAACCAGAGCAGGGCCUUUUCAACACUGGCCCCGGCCUGGUGGAACGCUCUGCCUCAUGAGACCAGGGCCCUGCAGGAUCUGAUUUCUUUCCGCAGGGCCUGUAAGACAGAGUUGUUCUGCCUGGCCUUUGGCUUGGAGCCAAUUUGAUUCCCUCCCCCUCUUUCUUUUUUCUUUUCCUUUCUCCUCCUGUGAUGAGGCUGCAUUUUAAUAUUUUAAUGUUUCAGUAUUUUAAUUGUUGUAUUUUAAUCUUGUUUUUAAGUUGUAUUCAUUCAGCUUGUUUUUAUUAUUGCUUAUUAGCCGCCCUGAGCCCAGCCUUGGCUGGGGAGGGCGGGGUAUAAACAAAAAAAAUUAGUAGUAGUAGUACCCUCCUCCGCCCCCUUAUAUAGUGCCAGGGCCCAAAGCAUAGAAAACAAGUCAUGGGAAGGGAUCGAACCAUAGAUCUUGUGACUUUAGGAUAGGUCAGAGGUAUCUCCUCUACAUUUUUAUAUUUAUUUUUUGCAUUGACAGUGGAACCUUAGGCACAAGCCGUAGGGGAGGAGUCAAUAAUACAGCAGCCCCAAAAUGGGGCAGAUAAACCAGAAAAUCCUCUUGUUUGCAGAUGGUAGAAUUCUUGUGACAAACCCACAAUCUUCUUUGCUAGCACAUCAGAGGGUAACGUCACAAUGUAAUUAAGGUUCAGGUGUUAAAAGUGCACUGUCCAAAGGUUGAGAUGCUGGCAGUACAUAUUUAAAGGGAGGUUCAGGAGGCCUUACCUGGAAGUAAGUCCCAUUUAAGUCUAUGGGGGCUGAGUAUUUAUUUCUAUUAUUAUUAUUAUUAUUAUUAUUUAUUCAAUUUACUGUCCUCUAUCAAAACAUCCCAGGGUGGUUUACUACAUUAAAAGCAUAUUUUACAGAGCAAAAUAAUAAAAACAUAAAGUAGACAUAGAACUGCAUUGUUAAUAUCACAUUUCUAAUACAAAUGGGAAGGAAUGGUAAAUACUUAGAAACAUUUUGGGGUUGUAAUUGCAUAGGGACUUGAUUAAACAUAUUAUAUUGAUGUGCUCAGUUUAAAUGGAUAUGACAGACUGGGGAAAGCCAAAUGUGUCAUAGUUGAUGAGGGUGUAACCAGGGAAAAUUAGUAUUUUGUCCAAAUUUAUAUAUUUAUUCCCUAAGCAGUAGUUAUAAUGAAUCAUUGAGUGACUGGCAGAAGCUAUUAGUGAGGGUGAAGAAAAGCUCAGGAUAUGAGUGCCACAUGUUUUAUAUCCUGAUGUCUUCCACAUAAAGGGGGGGGGGGAGGUUGUACAGGAGUAAGGCUCUAACAAAUUGUUCUCUAUAGAGUGAUGGGUUUUCUCUGGAAAAGAAGCACAAAAGUAGGUGCCAAGCAAUUCAAGCUAUGCUUACAUGGUCUAAGCCUUGACAAUCUGACUGAGGUAGCUAGUAUAAAAUUCUGGAAUCUUACCAGUUUCCACCUUUUUGGGAUAAGCCUAUUUUAGACCUGUUUGGCUUGUAGAUUCUUUAAAUUAUCGGGGGGAAAUAGUUGCAAGGUUUUAAAAAACUGAUGGACGGGCAUCUUUUAAAGAGGGAGGCCAAGAUUUAAUUAAAAUAUGUUGUCAGUAUAUACAACUACAUCACUUGGCUAAUGUCUGUAGAGCCUUACUGAGUUUGCAAACUUCUUGACAAACAAUUUGGCCAAUCGAAAAGAACUAUCUUGGUCAUAUAACCUGUUAGGGUCCCACCCCAUCCUAUGUAGUUUGAUUGUUUCAGGACAUAGAAACACAAAUUGAGGUGGAGGUAGAUAGUCUUCAGAUCCAAAGGUUUCUUCCUCAAACAACUUUAGGUAAAUCUUUUUUUUUUCAGGAUUAUAGCAAGGUGGUACAGUAUAUCCCAGGCAUAAUAUAAAUCAGUGUGUCAGACAACUACUGGUAGGAUUAGACAAAUCUUUGAUAGCUAUGUCCAAAGGCUAAAUGAUAUCAGGCAUGUAUAUUCCAAUGUAUUAAUGGGAUCACUAGCUGUUUUAUAUCAGUUGAACCACACAUUCUGUUAGGGUGUUCAGACACAAACUGUGGCAGAAAUUAGAAGGGAAUUGAAUUAUAUUGUUACUGAUUGCUGCCAAAAGUUAGCUAACUUAAAGAUAAAAGUGCAUAAGUUCACCUGCAAAAUGUGGGAGCUCUUAAUCACGAACAAGAGCUCAAUACAAAGGAACAACCAAUUGUUUGGGGGCUUUUUAGAAAAGUGCUUUCAGUUUCUUAACUGUGUUGAGUCCACCAAAACAGUGCACAAACAAUCAUUUUGCUUUAACUCAGUGACACUGAAGAAGGAAUGUUCAGGGUCUACAAUUUGUGAUUGGUUUUGGACCUCGGUUUGUACAUUAAAAAAUAUUUUCCUAAAUAUUUAAAGUAGCUACUGGCCUUUUUCGGUGAAUUUUAAGGAAAAGCUUCAAAAUAAGUAUGAUGAAAGCAAGUAAUGGAUUUCUGAUUUGAAGACUGUCUAUAGUUUGUAGUGCUGUAUAUGAACUAAGUUCACUUAUUCCUGAGUUAUCCCAUGAGCGUAGCCAUAACACCCAGCAUGUCUUAGCUUCACAAGGCCAUUGCAGAGCAGAAAAGAAGUUGCUGGCCAUGAAUUUGCACAACACUGGUGGAUGAAUAUUGCCAGUAGCUUAUCGCUAUGUUUUAUCAUUUAAAACAUUGUCCAUUGUGUGUUUGUGUAUGUGUCUUUGUCUUGUGGAUAACUUAAGUUAUUCACACAUGCAAGUCUUCCUAGCCACAGCAUGAAAUAUCAUAGAAUUGUAGUGAUGGAAGGGACCACAAGGGUCAUCUAGUCCAACCCCCUUCCCAGUGUGGGGCUCAAACCAAUGACCCUGAGAUUAAGAGUCUCAUCCUGUACCCACUGAGCCAUUCUGAUCAUUGCUGGAUCCUGCCAGCAGCCCAUCAAGCCUCUAAAAAAAAUAGCCUGUUGGAUGCUUCUGGAAGCUCAGAAGAGGGCAUGAAAACAAGUACUUUCCAGUACCAUCCCUCUGAGCACAAUAAUUCAAUUUAAUUAUUCUAGCUGAUAGCCACUGCUAGACCAUGAAUUAGUCUAAAUCUUUUAAAAAACACAAUCAAAGCUAGAGACCGUUGUCACACCAUGCAGGUAUGGAAUUUCCUUUUAGACCAGAGCAGGUUAAACACCAGUAUUUGAAACAAAGAAAUUUCAUAUUCAUAGUGUGUUUUAUCUUGCCUGAAAUGAAUUUCAGUAGUGAAGUGCAUUUUCUUGAGACUUUUCCUGGGAAAAUAUCCCUAUGCAAAUUACUCUAAUUUGCAUAACAUUUUUCAGUUUGCAUCGCAACAUUUUCUGAUACCCUAGAGAGUUAUCUAAUUAGCAUGUUUAUUUUUCUUUUAUUUAGUAAAUGAAACUAAAAACUUUGAAGCUGCCAAUUAUUGCCUAAUGUGUUGUACUGUAUUUGCAAUUGGCAUCCAUUCAUUAUUAUGAAUGAACAUAGGAAAUUAUUCCCCCCCCCCAACUACACUUCACUGAGUUUCACUUUAUUGGCUAUCAUUCAGGCCAUUCUCAAGAACUGAUUCAGCAUACCGAUUGCUACAUGCCUGAUGACAAUGCACUGCAAAACCAUGGAAGGCUUCACUUCAUAUCAAUGGCAGCGUGGGUGAUAAGAUAAAACCUGAUUCUAUGCUGCAAAUUCCUUGGAAUCAAACAGAAAUCCACCUGCACCACCUUCUGUUCUGGCCAGCCCAGGUAUAAGCAGAAACCAUUCCAGUUCAUUUCCUUCCAACCCUACAGCCAUUCCAGAAGUAUACUAUGGUUGAUGGUAUUGAAAGCUGCUUAGAGAUUGAGGAUCAACAUCAGGCUUCCUCAGCCUCGGCCCUCCAGAUGUUUUUUUGAGACUACAAUUCCCAGCAUCCCUGACCACUAGUCCUGCUAGCUAGGGAUCAUGGGAGUUGUAGGCCAAAAACAAGCCUAAUCAACAUGGAGACAUUUCCCCUAUUUCUCACCUGACAGCUAGGUCAUCCCACAGAGCAGCCAAAAUAGUUUCUUUGUCAAAGCCAGGCCUGAACCCCAACUGUAAUGGACCCAGAAAAUCAAAUUCAUCCAAGACUGCUGGGUCUGGUUGACAGCCACACACUCCAGCACUUUGCACAGGAAAGGGACAUUAGCUAGUCGUCUAUAUUUGUUAAAGUAUUCUAAGUCCAAGGAUUCUUUCUUCAAGAAUGGACACACUGCCACCUGUUCACCCUCUCUAGGUGAAAUUUAUUAUCUUCAGGACCUGACCACUCCCUUUGCUGCUAGAAGCAGUAAGCCAGGAAGGGCAAGGGGUCAAGCAAACUCAUAAUUGUGUACACCCAACCAAGUUACCUUGUCCACAUCCCCUACCAUCUGAAACUGGCCAUCAGGGCUAGACUAGACAGUACGCUGGGUAUUUCCACAGAUGGGCCAGCAACAGCUAAGUCGUGGUGGUUGCAAGUGUUUUUAUCCUUAAAAUGUUUUGCAAACAAGUAACGACAUACCACCAAGGCUUCUACUAUUUCAUCUAUAGAGCCAGAGUUUAAAAGGUCUUGAACCACUUGGAAAAACCCUGCUGGGUUACACUGAGGGGCAAUGGAGCUGGUGAAGAAUCACAACACCUUUUCCUUACCCUCGGUGGCUUAAUACUGAGUUUAUACUAGUGUUGGAUUGGAUUCUUCUUUAGCUUUCCUCCACUUGUGUUCUGGUUAUCUCCCAGCUUGUUUCAUUGCCCUCAGCUCAAGUAUGUACCAUGGAAAAUCCUUGGCUCUGUUAAGCAGGAGAGGAGGACACAUGGAACCAAUUGUGUUAAUUAUUCAGUUCAUUUUGGCAUUUCACAGAUCAGCCAGAAAUUUGGCAGGAGCAGCAGUCAUAGCCACAAAAGCACCCCCGCUCCCAAAAAACCUCCUUAGGAUCCAUUGGUCCCUGGGGUGGACCAUCCUAAUAGACCCCCAUACAUGCCCGCAAAUCUAAUUCGCAACAGGAGGGAGAAUUUGCAGCCCAAUAUAGGUAAGGGGAUGGUUAACAGAUUCCUGGUUCAAGUCUCAAAGGCUAGAUGUAAUUACAAGACUGCCAAAAGAAAUUGUGGACGUUAUUUCAGAGCCACUGUAAAUUUUGAGGAUUCAUGGUGAGCAGUUGAGGUGCCAGAAGGUUGGAGACAGACAAGUGCCCCGUCUUCAGAAAGUGAGGAACAAGCUAGGCUGGGAAACUGAAGAUCGGUCAGCUUGACAUUGUUACCGGGCAAAUUUCUGUUAUAGCUUAUUAAGUUUGUGAGCAUUGAUAAAAGAAUGCAUUGAUUCCUAGGAGCCAGCAUGGGUUUAUCAAGCAUAAGUCACGUCAGACCAACUUCAUCUCCUUUUUUGACAGUUACUAAUUUGGUAGACCAUGGAAACGUUCUGGGCAUAACAUUAUCAUUAUUUCAGCAAAGGAUUUAACAGAGUUUCCCGUGGUACGCUUGCUGACAAGAUGAUAAAAUGUGAGCUGGAUGAUACUACUGUUAGGUGGCUCCACAGCUGUACCCAACAAGUGCUUAUAAGCACGACUCUGUUCUUGCUUUUGUGCUGUUGAACAUUUUUAUAAAUGUCUAGGAUGAGGGCAUUGAGGGGAUGUUUAUCCCAUUUGCAGAUGACACAAAGCUUGGAAGGAUAACUGACACCAUAGAAGACAGAAUCAAGGGUCUUGACAGAUUGGAAUACUGGGCCAAAGCCAACCUUGUGAAAUUCAACAGAGACAAAUGUGUGAAGUCUUGCAUUUAGGGGCAAAAGUGGUGAGCUUGACAGCAGUGCAUGUGAAAAGGAUCUAGGUAUCUUAGUUGAUCGCAAAGUGAACAUGAGCUAGCAGUGUGAUGUGGCUGUUGUGAAAGCUAAUGCAUUUGUCAUAUGCAUUAACAGAAACCUAGCAUGGCUCUGCAUCCACUUUCAAUGAAGCUGAAUAUCAAACCAAAGGAGGCAGCUAUAGAGGUAUUUCAACCUCCUUCAAAGUGAAGCAGGCCUUAUCUGAAAUGGACCUAAGUACAGUGGACUGAUCCCAAAGCUUUGGUCCUGCUUUGGGGUUUUGUAGGGUGUAAAAGCAGCUGUCAACAGGGUGGAUAAAAAUCAAUUAUUUUAAAAAAUGGAUUUUUUUAUUUUAAAAAAUGGAUUUUUUUUAUUUAAAUUGGAUUUUUAAAAUAAAAUGCUUUUGGAGGGAAAAUAUUUCUAAAGAUAUUUUUCUAUUUACGUUACAUUACACUGGUCAACAACAAAUUUGUUGUCUGCGUUUUUUCAGUUGAUUUAGGACGAAUCUGAUGCGCUGAAUCAAAAAACCACAUUGGUUUUGCUCAAUCAGGUCAAGUUUUUGAGCUAUGGCCACAUGUCUUUUUUUACGUUUUUGUUCACAUGUACGCUUGUGUGGAGCAUUUUAGAAGAAGUUGGUGGGGUAAAAUGCCAUGUCAAAUAAUUGUUUUGAUUGGAAAUGAUUAUUUUAAUGACAAGAAGUAUUCAGGUCCGAUAGUUCUGGGUGAUUAUGUCGAAAAGGGAUCAGUUUGAAGUCAUAAAACCUCAAAAUCUUCCAUAAAUUGGUGCGGCAAAGCAUAAAGUUGGGGGUUCAAAACUAAGUUAAUGGGGCAGCCGCCCCACGAAGUAUCCUGAUCUUCAAUCAGCACGUUGUCCUGUAGCUCAUUGUAAUGAAAUUCCAGUGCCUAUCUUCGGAGAACUUCCUGACAUUAGUGACAAAGAUGCCUCCAGUGUUGAAGGACAUGAAGAAGAAGAAGUGGUUCUUGAAGAUGAUGCUCCACAUCCAUUUUCCCAAAAGGAGUAGAAUGAUCUAGUUCGCGACCUCAGCUUGUCAAAGGACUCUGCCGAACUGUUGGCAUCCAGAUUGAAGGGAAAAAACCUCUUCUCUGACAGUGCUCACAUCAGCUUCUUCUGCAACAGGCAUCAAGAGUACCUCCGUUUUUUCUCGGAAGAGAAGGACUUGGUGUACUGUGCAGAUAUUGCACAGCUUCUGCUCAAGCUUGGAGUGCCACAGUACGAACCCAAAGAUUGGAGACUGUUCAUUGACAGCAGCAAGUGAUCACUGAAAUGUGUUCUGCUACACAACAGCAACCAGUUUGCCUCUAUACCCCUGGCUCACUUGAGUACACUGAAGGAGAACUAUGAAGGGGUGAAGUAUGUGCUGAAGAAAAUUGGUUAUGAUCAGCAUAAGUGGUUUAUUUGGGUUGACCUGAAGAUGGUGAACUUUUUGUUGGGACAACAGUCUGGCUUCACCAAGUACCCAUGUUUUCUGUGCAUGUGGGAUAGUAGGGACCGUGCUCAGCAUUACACGAAGAAGGACUGGCCUGUGCGGGAGGAAUUGGUGCCUUGCAAAGAAAGGAACGUCAUCAGCGACCCUCUGGUGGACAGAGACAGAAUACUCUUCCCACCGUUGCACAUCAAGCUCGGCUUAAUCAAGCAGUUCACCAAGGCUCUGGACAAGGAUGGUGACUGCUUCACUUACUUGUGCCAGGUUUUUCCAGGAUUGACCAUGGAGAAGUUGAAAGCUGGCAUCUUUGACGGUCCUCGGAUCCGUCAGCUCAUCAGAGAUCCAGAAUUCGGAAACUCAAUAAACGAAGUGGAACUGGAAGCGUGGAAGGCAUUUGUUCUAGUAGUGAAGAACUUUCUUGGCAACAAUACGGCCAGAAACUAUGCAGAACUUGUCAACAACAUGCUGACUGCUUUCAGAAACCUGGGCUGCAACAUGAGCGUCAAGAUGCACUACCUAUUUUCACAUAUGGACGGGUUUCCUGAGAACCUGGGUUCAAUGAGUGAUGAGCAGGGGGAGAGAUUUCAUCAGGACAUGAAAGAGAUGGAGACCAGGUAUCAGGGUCUCUGGGACACAGUCAUGAUGGCUGACUACUAUUGGACUCUGAAGAGAGACCUCCCUACCGCUGAGCAUUCCUGGAGUUCCAAGAAAUGGAAGUUCAAGCCCUGAAGUUUGAAAAAUGGUGAAGCAACAUGCAAUUUACAUGUACUUACCUUUAUCAAUGCCCACCAUUCAGUUUACAGUAAACCUGACCUGAUGGAGAGAAACGGAUGCCAUUUCCUGAUUCAGCAGUGCAAAAAUACCCUAAAUCAGUUGUAGAAAUCUAGACAACAUUCAAAAAGUAAAAAAUUGUUGCCCAGUGUUAUAGUCCGAAGGCUAUUCAUUAGGAAAUAAGGAUUUGUUUUAAGUUUUCCAUGUGUUCUAAAACUCAGUCUAAGUUUGUGGUUUUUUAAAAUCAUUUAACCACAUCAGUUAACAAACAUGGAAACAUAUGAUAUAAUGUUACUGUUUCAGUUAAAUAAAUUGUUUAAAUUGUUAUUAAGGAAAUGAUUAUUUUUCUCCUUCCAAUAAAGUACAGCAGAAAAGUUGUCCAAAUAUAAACAGUUAACAUUAAACCUCACAAUAAUUUCAUAAUUAUUUGUCUAUGUAUUUCUAAUAGUAUAACCAAAUCAGUAAUUUUUGAUAUAACUGUAAAAACUACGCUGAAAAUUUAUUAUUCCAAAAAUGAAACUUUCAUCUGGUUGUAAAAAUUAAGAUUAUACCAGCAAGAAUGACUCUUUCUGUAAAAAAAAAAGAAAAAAGAUUUAGAUAAAGUCUUACUGACUAGUGAUUUAAAUCAUGAUUUAAAUCGAUUUGAUUUAAAUCAAAUCCACCCUGGCUGUCAACCAGUGAAUGUGUCCCCGUCUCCCCAAAGCAGUCCCUGCUCUUGAUCACAAAGUUGCCCACUAAGACCAUAACAUUUCUUUCCUUGGUAGUAACAACCAAUUUGGACCCCUGUCGCAUCAGGUUAUAUGUGAAAUUAAUUUUUUUUUGCCCUAGUUUGCAUUACUUUGUAAACUUGCAUUGGAUUCAAGCUGCCAUUUUGUUGCUCAUUCACCCAGCUUGGAAGAUUGUUGUGGUGUUCUUCUCAAUGGCUGCUGGGCUUUUGAUCAUCCUGAAUAAUUUGGUAUCAGUAAAGUUCUUAUUGCCCACCCCUGACACCAAUUCAUUUAUUAAAGUUGGAUGGCACGUGCUCCAACACAGGGCUUUGGGGGAAAAGAUGGCUUGUUUCCAUGAAUGUAAAAACUGACCAUUGUCGUCUUUGCUUCUAAUAAGCAUUUGAUUUUUUUUGCCUAUAGAGCCAAAACUGUAGUACCCAGUGAGUGGUGUCCCGAGACUCAGGGUAACCCCAAGAUAUGCAGAAUAUCUGGAGGGAGGGCAGAAACCACAAUGGGGGAGACACACACACCACCCUCCAAAACAGCCUGUAAUAACUCAGAGUCACAGAAGGCUAAGAGGGGGAAACUGCUAGCAGGCUGGGCGUAGGGAAUGGAGCAGUGCAGCUGGGGCAGGAGGACAGGAACAUAGAUAGAUACAAAGGGAAUAAAUAAAUAAGUGUCUGGAUAGGUCCCUUCCAGGUUCACACAGAGAAGCUAUUUUUGAGGAGAGCUGCCCAUAUACAUCAGUGGAGAAAUCCAAGAUUGUAAAGUAGCUGGGAUUGAUUGAAUGUGUCCAACAGCACACACAUGCUCGGGGGCGGGGGGAGUUCUUACUGUUUCCAAAUUCUUGGUGUGAAACAUGCUUUAAAAAUACUGUAUUUUUUGCUCUAUAAGACUCACUUUUUCCCUCCUAAAAAGUAAGGGGAAAUUUGUGUGCGUCUUAUGGAGCGAAUGCAGGCUGUGCAGCUAUCCCAGAAGCCAGAAGAGCAAGAGGGAUUGCUGCUUUCGCUGCGCAGCGAUCGCUCUUGCUCUUCUGGCUUCUGAGAUUCAGAAUAUUUUUUUCUUGUUUUCCUCCUCCAAAAACUAGGUGCGUCUUGUGGUCUGGUGCGUCUUAUAGAGCGAAAAAUACGGUGCCCACUAAUGCCAAUGCAGAAUUCAAAGGAGAUGCAAUCCAUUGCCCCCAAAUUGCAAGGGCUGUUGCUAGAAGAGAGUGGCUCGUGAUAGACCUGCAGUGUGGCUCACACUGAAUACUGCAGCUCAGGCUACAAGUGGUUUGCAGCAGUGCUGCAGUGUUGUCCAGACGUUAUUAAACCCCUUAUUGAAGUUUGGGCUGAAGCUGAAAUAGUAAUUUAAAGCUGUGCUGCAGUGUUAUCCAUUGCCUUUCCCCCCACGUUGCAGGUUAGGGUUGGAGAGCAGGACCCAAAAACCCUGCAGUGUAGCUCACGGUUAUACACCUAUCAAGGGAUGGAGAACUGUGCUGAGGCAGGGUAGCUUAUAGCAGCUCUCUACACUAUAUUCAUUGUUAAUACGCUACGGCAUUUUGUUGUGAGGUCCUGCUUCUAUGUACUAAUACCAAACUGUCCCCUUGAUGCUGGUCCUUAUGUAAGCAAAAUCCACACACAAGGGGAAAGGUUUCAGCAGGUUCAGGGGAACCCGAAUUUUGCUGAAGGACUGAAAAAAAAAUUAGGAAGAAGAAAUCAUGGGGAAGCCCCUGGCAAGGAGCCCAAUGAAGACUCAGCAUUCACAGCAGCCAUGAAAAGCUGAUUGAUUGUUGUGGGCUGGGGGGGAGAUAAUAAUAAGAAUACUCCUUAUUAAUGAUUGCUCUUUUUUCUCUUCUGAGAGGAGGAAUAAUAGGAAGGGGCGUUAUUCCUUUUGUUUGUUACUAUGUUAUGUAUUUUUUCUGUUUUUAUAUUGUAGACUGCCUUAUGACCCUCAGAUGAAGGGUGGUAUGGAAAUUUAUUAAAUAUAAACAAGCAGGACAGCUUCCGCUAAAUUCAUGUAGUUUGUCUGCUUUGACUGUAUAGGUAUAUUUAUAUCUCCCAUUUCUCCCAUCAUGGGACUCAAUGUGAUGGGUGUAUGUAGAAUUCCCGGGUGGUCUUUUAUUCAGGCAUUACCAGAAUGAUGCAGCCUCAUUGAUUUUAAGUUGUCAAUUAGUUCUUCUUUUCCUUUCCUUUCUUGUCAAUUAGUUCUGAAGCUCAUCCUUUAUCACCUCUGUUUGAGAAGAUUCACUGCUUCUGACCAGUGACUCAGGUGUGAGAAUCUGUCCCAAUAUUUUCUGCAGUGAAUUCACUUCAUUUCUUUGUCCUCCUUCAGUAAUAGUUUGGUUCCUUUGUCACUUAAUGUUCCUUUUCACUCUUGCUAGCCUCCUUCUCAGUUAUUUUAAGAAAAGUUUAUUAUCUGUUCUUACCAGCUUUAUAACAACUUGCACAAAUUCCUCCUGUGCCUUAUCGGUUUAUAUUGGUUUUUCCAGAAUCUCUGCUUUUCUUUUUAAAUUCCCAUUUGGACAAGACUUCUGCAUUUUUAAAGGAAGCAUUCUGGCCUUUAAAGACAAAAGUUUCCCUCGUGGUGCUAUUGAAACAUGUUGGUAUCGUCUUAGACUUGGCUAUAUAAUCAACUCCUAAGAUAAUGUUUUAGACAACCUCUAGAUUUUCUGAACAUGUUUUACCCUUUUGACUCCGCCUUUUAGUUUCCUUAUUUUAAAUCUCCUUGCAUUUUUGAAAUCAUAUUUUUUGAAACUAAUUUUGAUGGUUUUCGACUUCCCUGGCAAUUAUUUGAGCAUGUUUCUCUUGAACUUGAUAAUGUCUCAGUCUGUUCAACUAAGAGAUAUAGCAGCAAAUGUAACAUUGCCAUUUUAUGGAACGGGUAUGUAGGAAAAGCAUUGGAAUGUACAGUACAUCUUCCCUUUUGUACCCGCCUGCUUCAGCUGAGGGUACCACAUGCCACGUAGCCUGACAUCUAGAGAUUUUUUCAACUGGGUUUGCAUGGUGAAGGGGAGGAUAAGAGCAGCUGCAUUGAUGAUGGAUCAGAACACAUUUGAAUCCAGCAUGUUUGUAUCUUUUGAGCUAUCUCAAAAUGACUUGUCUCCAAAGCUGAGCCCCUUAGAUGUGGAUGAAGGACUUUUGCACGCCACAAAUACACAUGGACAACUUGUGACACAGUUGUAACUUGUGUUGCUUUCAUAUUAAGGGCAGCUUGGAGCUUUAUGGAAUUUUUAAAGUGUGUGAUUUAUUUCUGCCUCUGCUUUUUGGUUUUAUAUAAUUCUUUGAUAAUACCUUCAAUAUAUAUAUAUAUGAAUAAGGGUUGACUCUCACAUUGCCUGGUUACCUGUGGGCUGCAAGCCAUGUGUAAUCCUUAACCAGGUUUCUUGUGACCCUGAUUCAUGCCUCAUGCAGAGAUGGUAUGGCAUCAACUAAGUUUUACUCAGUGUAGAACCAUUUAAACAAAUGAACGUGGCUAAUUACAGUGGUGCCCCGCAAGACGAAUGCCUCGCAAGACGGAAAACCCGCUAGACGAAAGGGUUUUCUGUUUUGGAGGUGCUUCGCAAAACGAAUUUCCUAUGUGCUUGCUUCGCAAGACGAAAAUGUCUUGCGAGUUCCUGCGGGGUUUUUUUCCUCCCCCCCCCCUUUUCCCAAGCCGCUAAACCGCUUAUCAGCUGAUGGCUAAACCGCUUAUCAGCUGAUCGUUAAGCCGCUUAACAGCUGAUCGUUAAGCCGCUUAUCAGCUGAUCUUUAAGCCGCUUAACAGCUGAUCGCUAAGCCGCUUAUCAGCUGAUCCGCUAAGCCGCUAAUACUGUAGCGCUAAUCCGCUAAACCGCUAAUGGGCUUGCUUCGCAAGACGAAAAAACCCGCAAGACGAAGAGACUCGCGGAAUGGAUUCUUUUCGUCUUGCGAGGUACCACUGUAAUUUAACUGGGUCUACUCUGAGUAAAAGAGUACCCAGAGUGUGUGGGGGAGAGGAGUGGGGUGGCACAGAGAAAGGAUAAAGUAUUUAGUCCUGAAGUGCUGCAAGCUCUGCCCUCUUCCCAUGAGUCAAAAGCCCUUCAUUGGAAAAAGAGUCCCCAUAGUGUUGCACACACUAUUGAGGUUGUUUAGGUCUACAGAAAGCAAACCAUGUGGCUGAUCUAAAUGGGUGGUAUGCUUUUUUUCCCUUGUAACCCAAAGUUCACACACAUACCUUGUGUGUUCCGUUCCCUUGAUGCCACAAACUGUGUGUGUGUGGAUGAAUAUUGCAACAGUGAGAAUAUUUAGCUCUCAUUUGAAACUGGCGUCUGCUUCUCCUGGAAAUGAAAUUUCCCCCUUGCUGCCUGCAGAGCAUGUUCCUCUGAGAAUGGAAUGAUGCAUUGCAGUGCGCAUUGGGGCAGGCAGGGGUGGAGUCGAAAAGAGAUGAUUGCCAGGAAAGGCAAGAUCUGCCUCCUUCCUUUGCAGCUGAUUGACUGCUCUCCAUGUCUGGGUCACACUGCUCUGUGAGUGGUGGUAGGAGUGACUUACAAGAACGCUCUAUAAAUGAAAUUCAUGAUGUGGGAAAAGCCUGUUAAUCUACCAUCUUAAUCACAAUAACAUGAUCUCAGUUUAACUUAAUUCCAUUUACAUGUCUCAUGUUUGCUCAUAACUGGGUGUAAAAAUAAUUUCAAUCAGGGUUAUUAAAUCAGUGGGACCAGAAGUACUGGACUUAAGUGACUACACAAAUUAGGGCAAAUAUGAGCUAAAAUACUGCACAGAAUUUUUGCUGUCUUGUUUGUUAUUUGGGGAUAAGUUCUAUAUCAGUAGAGCAAAGACUUUCUGCUGAAGCCACGUGGACUUCAAGGGGAGCCAGAACUGACACUUAAUCUGACAUCUAUAUUCACUCUUACUCCUACAAAAGCUAUAAAGUUGUUUUUCUCCACUGCUUGCUACCUUCAAACGCUUGGAAGCACUUGCAUAGGAACAAACACUUUUUCCAACCUUCCCUCUACAUACUUAUUCAAAUAAAUGUUGCAGGAAGAAUAUUAAAUUUUUGCCUCUUUGAGGUUACUCUGGCCAGGAAUUAGGAAAUUCCCUAAAAACACUGUUGGGGUACUUAAGGGGGCUUAAUAAAGAGUUCCGCAGAAGAACCCAAGUGCAGAUCUUCUGCCUUUAUCCCUGUAUGUUUGACACCACACUUCGAGAGUAUAUCUUCAUCAGAAUUAUUAUUUUAAUCUGCUGUUCGUCUUAGCCAAGUGAACUUGCUGGGCUAGGGGUAGAGUUACUCUCUUGAUACCUGCCUUUAACAUGUUAUACCUCUUGUAGGGUUGGAAAGAAAUCUAUGGGCAUUGCUAAAGUCAAUAAAAAAUUCAAUUGAACAAAAGAACAGAACAGAAAAUGCUCCUUUGACCCAUAUUUUCUUUCUAAUUACAUUGCUGUUUAGAAAUCAUGACAACUUCAGGAAAAGAGAACUUCCGACUGAAGAGCUAUAAAAACAAGUCUCUGAAUCCUGAUGAAAUGCGCCGCCGGCGGGAGGAAGAGGGCCUCCAGCUACGGAAGCAGAAACGAGAGGAGCAGGUACGCUCCUCCAUAGGCAAUGAAAAUGAGAAAUCCCAUAUUCAAUUGCAGGAUCUCUUGGCUUGGGUGUUACCCAACUUUGGAUGGGCGGGGGAGUAGGGCAUACCAUUUUAGAGCGUGAAACAUAAUUUUUGCAAAUUUACUUUUGCAAAUUUAUUCAGUGAGGGGUCUUAAAAAUACGUUUUUGUGUGUGAGGAAUUCAAACCUGCUGUUAUUUUUGUGAUUGGACAACAUUUAGCUUGAUAAACCUACGUUUGAAUAAAAAGCACAUGUUUCCCUGGAUAAAACAUACCCUACUAAGCAUACAGCAUUACUUUGUAAUCAUAAAACAACAAUAGAAAGUAAUGACAUCAAUUAAUAAUAAAUUUAAACAGCAAGUUUCAUCAAGUCUUGCUUUGAUUCAUUCUUGGACACCAGCCACCAACUUGCUUCUGCCUCUGAUGUAGCCUUCAGGAUUCUCAUGUUUAUACUCCCUGCCUCCUGCCUCUGUGCCUUGUUUCACACAUUUCUGUAUAGACGGAGCAUGGCAAGGCCACUGUGGAACCUGCAUGGGUUCAUUGAUGAACUGACUGAUUCUGCUGUAGUAAGACUAUUCCAAAGGAGUCUACCCUGUCAGACCAGUCUAGCAGCUCCAACAGAGACGAAACACAGAGGCUGAUGGAAGCUGUCUUCCUUGGAUGUACAUAAAGAUCUCCCAGUGUGUCAUCAUCUCCGCUCCUCAAGUCAGCGAUAUUUUGGGCGCCAGCUCUCCUUUGCUCACUAUUAUCUGAGCACAAGAGUGUCUAGACUAUUAUUUCUCUGAAUUCAUACCAUGCUGAACGCUGUGUGGUUGGCAAAACAGCAUCUACUACAGCCUUAUUUUGCAACCUAACUCGCCACAGCUGAAAGAAGGUGAUGUGUGGACCUUCCCCACAAGAGUGUUUUACUUUGAUGUUGUGUGGUGUAGUGUGUCAGAUUAGGACAUGGGAGACCAGGAAUUCACUGAUCUGUGGCCCCACUUUAUGAUUUCUAUAUAGUGUUUAAUAAAUCAUUAUCUUUGGUUAUAUUCUCUCAGUGUAUAAACAGUGUUAGUUGUAACUCUGUAAUUUCUCUGCAUAUCUCUCUCCAGUUGUUUAAACGCAGAAAUGUUGCUACAGCUGAUGAAGAAGCGGAAGAGGAAGUUAUGUCAGAUGGCGGCUUCCAUGAAACCCAAAUGAAUAACAUGGAAAUGACUUCUGUAAGUGGAGCAAAGACUUGACAACUCCAUUCAGUUUGCUUUUCCAAUAGUGCCAACUGUGAUUUCUAAGGCUGCAAUCUCAAAAAACACUUCUCUGGAAAGUGGUUCAUCUACGAUCACUUGGACAUGCCUAACUUGUGUAUAUUUUGCAGCGGUUGCUACACUCUGCCACUGAAAGUGCCCUGUAAAAGACUUGUUAAGGGAGCAAUCUAGACUUUGCCCCUGCCUGUGGGACUUUACAGAGCACUGGGGCCAUUGCCACAUACACAGCCUUGUUGCUCAUGAGGGCCAGGGUAGAAAGUGAAUCUUGUGCAGUUUUCAGGCCCAGGUUGGGCACCACGCCAUCACAUGAUGGCAUUGGAACCAGCUUAGGAUCCAAUGUUUCAGGGCUCUCUGUUCACCCCUGUUGGCAGGGAUCCUGCCAGUUUCCUCCUGGCAUAUUUGGCAGGCAGAAGCAGGAGGUCAGCACUGGUGACUCUUGGGAGGCCAGCUUAGCCAGGAAAGCUGGGCUGACAGUCACUUCCACUCAUUCUAGCCCCUGGUCUGGAGUAAGGGGUAUUUGAAUUGUUCAGCCCGUCCAGUAACAAAUGGUGCUAUCUUAAUUAUAUACCUCUUUUCCACUUCCUUCAAGCAGUUUGCAGACCAGUAGGUAUGAAAAAAAAGUCAGUUCUUAGGGCUUUUUAGUGCCAGCCAGACUCAGUUUCUUACUUUGCAAUGUGAAUACAUAGAUACCUUUGAUAAAUUUGGAACUGGGCUAGGUAUAUGACAUAAUUAGGGAUUACAAAGGUGGUUUUUGUUAAAUAGCUGAUGUGGGGGGGAUCAAAUCAGGACCUCGCCAUGGGGGGAGCUGCUUUAACCUUUUGCCACUGCCACACUAUCUCCUGCUCCUAUUUUCAGUGGUAGUUUUGAGAAGGAACUUUUCUGGCUGGGUUUUAGACAGGAAAUUACCGGUAUAUUUUAGAUACUCUUACUCCCUUCUGCAUUUGCACUUGCAGUUGCCUUCAUUGCAUUUCUUCUUUAUAGUAACACAUUGAGAAGUAUUUGCCCUUAAAUUUGAGGCAAAAGUAACAAUAUUUUUCCUUUGUCACUGCAGAGUGCAGUGAUCACAUCUGAUAUGACUGAGAUGAUUUUCUCCAAUAGUCCAGAACAGCAGCUCUCAGCUACCCAGAAAUUCCGAAAACUACUCUCAAAAGGUGAGUGCUAGAGGUAGUUAUGAAAAAGCUCAGCUUCUGUUCCUGUUUGUAUCCCAAUAUACAUGAUUGCCACUAACUUUUCUGUAACCCCCUGAAUCCCCUGUUGGUGCUUUCCUCACCAGUUCCAUUCACAACCAGCCAAUGCCCCCCAAGCGCUGGGGUCAGGGGGACGAGUGGAUCCAGGGCAUGGUUGGGAGAUCUGGAACCGCUUUGACUAUUGGCAGUUGGCUAUUUUAUUCUGUGUUGUUGUUGUUUACCUGCUUGUUUUAUGUACCCUUUUGUGUUAUAUGUCAUAUUUCGUCUUGUUCAUUGUUUGGGCAUCACUGUGCGCAAAGGUGGAAUAGGUGGGGUUAUAUACAAAUAAUCAACCCACCACUGCCUUCCUGCUGACUUCAGCAUGGAGACUGCAGCCACUGAGCAGCUGCCCUCCUCUCCCUGUGCAGUCUUGGAUCCAGGAUGUUAUUAGAAGAGGGAUGUUAUGGUGGAGCCACUCAAAACUGAUGUUAGACAGGCAGUGCCUGUGCUACAACCUCAUUCCCCAGUUCUCCUUUGUUAUGUAAGGGUUUUAGGGAUAGAGGUGCUUCUAAUCUUGUCAUUAGGCAGCAGGUGGCGCUGUGGUUUCACUGAGCCCAUUGGGCUUGCCAAUCAGAAGGUCGGUGGUUCGAAUCCCCGCAACGGGGUGAGCUCCCAUUGCUCCGUCCCAGCUCCUGCCAACCUAGCAGUUUGAAAACAUGCCAGUGCAAGUAAAUAAAUAGGUACUGCUUCGACGGGAAGGUAAACGGCGUUUCCGUGUGCUCUGGUUUCCGUCACGGUGUUCCAUUGUGCCAGAAGCAGUUUCGUCAUGACCCGGGAAGCUGUCUGUGGACAAAGGCUGGCUCCCUCGGCCUGAAAGCAAGAUGAGCGCCACAACCCCAUAGUCGCCUUUGACUGGACUUAACCGUCCAGGGGUUCUUUACCUUUACCUAAUCUUGUCAUUAAACUUUGGGACCUGUGGCUUUGGAACUCUUAAGUGGGGCAGCAGUUCUUAUGGGACAGGUCAUAGGGUAUCAGUUAAAUUAAUAAAACAAUAAAUGGCUGUUACCUGUUUCUAAAUGGGAAAUGUCACAUUGUAGGCAUGAAAGACCCAAGUAUAAGAAUGGAGGGUGUAGAAGAUUGCAUGUAAAGUAAUAAACUGAAUGCCUUGGACAACUGAUAUUAUCUGUUUCUUGUGUAAGCACAUAGCUUCACUUAAAAGGGUGGAAAAACCUACUCUGGUAUCUUUGUGCUUUCAAUAGAACCGAAUCCUCCUAUAGAUGAGGUCAUCAGUACACCAGGAGUGGUGCCCAGGUUUGUAGAGUUCCUCAAACGGAAAGAAAACUGCACUUUACAGGUAUGUGUGUUCUGUUCCUCAAUUUUAUAGAAUAGACUUUGAUAAUUAAAGGGAAAAAAAGAGGUGGUAUUUUCUUAAGUAAAGGCCUGUGGGCUCUUGCAAUAAAUGCUGUCUAUCCUAAAGGACUCAUUCGAUUUGGAGUUAAUUAGAAAAUAUCCUUGAAAUUCCAUCGAGGAGAAGAUGGCCUGCUAUAGACUUAUCUUCAGCCUUUAUAGGUCAGAGUGCCAGCAGUGCCUCCUUCCAUGAUAUUUUUUGACUGUAAGAAGGUCAAGAAAGUCAAUUCACUCCUUCUCCCAACUCCUGGUUUUCCAUUUCUCUUUUCCGGUGGACACUCCUGGGGCUCCUGCAGGCCACUGAGCAUCCCCUGCCCUCACUGGGCUGCAUUUUGUUUGUUUUUAGGGGGGUGCUCUCUUUGGGCUCCGUUGUCUCAGAGUUGACCAUUGGAGUGAACAAGUGGGAAUAAUAACAUCUGCUCAGGGACCUGUUUCCUCUGUGCAAGACUUUUUGCUUCCCCCACAAAAAAAUCCAACAUUCUUUGGCUACUGGCCACACUCUGCCUUCAUUGGGUUGUUACACAUUGGGGUUUUUUGCCCUAGGUUUGUAUUUUUUAAAAGAGCUUUUUGUACGUCUGUGAACUUCAGGAGUUUCCCGGUCUGUGCUAAUACCUCCCUCUCGUUUCUGAGUGGAUCCAGUUUGCCCCAUUUCUGUUGGCACUCUCUACCUUGAGGUCACAGUUAGAGGGAGUGGUGAUGAUAUUACAAAUGGCUGAGAGUGACUUGCCUAAGGCUUAAACAGUGAGCUCAUGAAAGAGGCAAGAAUCAAAUUCCAGGUCUCUCUUAGCCAUCAUUUUACAUCAGUUUGAGUUGCCUUUAUAAAAUGUGCCCAGUGAAAGUAAAUUUAAGUGUCUUCAAGGUUAGCUGUCGUGUUUCUUUGCAUUUAGUUAACUUAAAAAAAAAAAAAGUCCAGGGAAUUUAUUUAUUUUUUAUGUUGAAGCAAUUUGGGAUAUGAUCCCUUCAAAUUAUGUCCCAACAAAGCUCUUCAGUUUGUGAUAUCAGGAGAAAAAUAGGUACACAUUUGACUCUGCUGUUACCUAUACACCCUGUAUUAAGAACAUAGGCCACUAGUCCAGCAUUCUGUUCUCACAGUAGCCUUCCUGUUAGAGGCAUACACUUUUCUUCUGCACACACUUUUUAAUGAAUGCCAAUUGCAGCAUAUCUGUCUGAUAAUGCAAUAUUAUUUGCAGAAUUGUGUAUUACAUAGAAAGCAGAUGAGCAGGGUGUUAGUGGGAGAAAAGCUGAUUAAAGUGUCUGCUAGAUGGCUUGUGCUUGUUGCCACCUCUGACCAAGCGCAUGGCAUGGCAACUACCCCAAGUUAGUGUAGAUUUCUGGUUCAAGCAUCGUGUCGUAGACAAACCGCUGCUGAAGAAUGGCUUCCUCUCUCUCUCCUGUUCCAGUUUGAAGCUGCCUGGGUGCUGACUAACAUUGCCUCCGGAAAUUCCCUUCAGACUCGGAUUGUGAUCCAAGCAGGAGCUGUUCCUAUCUUCAUAGAGCUACUCAGCUCAGAAUUUGAAGAUGUGCAAGAACAGGUUAGUGUCUCAAAAGGCAAGAUAGCAUAGAGGCUGCUGGGUACACGCCACUGAGUUUCCUCCUGUUCUUAGUUUCAAGUCCUCCAGCUGCUGAUGCUCAUCUGGUUUAAAAAGAUGGCAAACAAAAGUCUUACUCAUGAGAUGCAGAACCUUUGGCCCAUGGACUUAAUCCGGGCAACAGGGAUGAGUUCUUUUCCUCCUCUUCAGAAAAUGCUGGGUGUAUUCUGAGUUUUUCCACGUGCACUGCAAUCAGGAAGAAGAUUGCUUGCCACUUUCCAGCUGAUCUGUGUUUGCGUGCUCAUCCUUCUGAUCACAGCGCAGCAGGAGGGGAGGUGUAAACCUCUCUGCCUAGAGCAACGUCUUGGGGAGUUCAGAUCAGCCCUCCUGGCUGAUCAGCGUGGAUCAGGGGAGGCGUAUGGAGGGCCUGGCUUUCAUCCCUGUGGAGCAUGCGGAGUGGAGAAGUUUUAAGCAUUGCUGUGAUUGGGGUUAAAAUAAUGCCUCCACUCCUUAACUGAUUUGCAUUGAUCCCAAGGGAAGGGGGAGCUGAGCAGAAGGCAGUGUGUUGGUAUUACGGGAGUAAUUUUUUGUGGGUCCACUCUUCUGAUUCUAGUAUAUAAAUGUUUAAAUACAUAAAUAAGGGGAAACAGUAACUCUUUAGAACCUCAAUGAUUCCUAUUGCCUCAUGUUCAAACAACUCAACUUAUCUAGCAAGCUGUGACUUGGCUCAAUACUGAUAGGUGGGAGCAGUCAGGCUGGCUCAUAUAUGAAUAUGACGUUAAGACAAUUAUUGGUGCUGAGAUACAGGACAAGGGAGGGUUGCACUCUCAGAAAAGUUGAUCUAACAGUAUCCUGUCUUCUUUCUCAGGCUGUUUGGGCCCUCGGCAAUAUUGCAGGGGACAGUACUAUGUGUAGAGAUUACGUGCUGGACUGCAACAUCUUACCCCCUCUAUUGCAGUAAGUUUUCUAGAUGGUGUUCAGGUUUAUUUGCCAGCAGUGUCCAGUAGAACAACCCUGACUGGAGUGGUUUUUUGUGUGUGUCUGUGUGCAUGUGCUCAUACAGAUGAGCACUGCUGCAUUAGCGCAGAAGAAUUUGGUGUAAUGUGCAAACUAUUAGAGACACUUAUUGUCUGACUCUACCUAGAUAACUUUGUAGUUGAUAUUUAUUGCUUUAAUGUAGUCUGUUGGGAAGGAUGCAUAGAGAGGAGAAAAUAUUUCAUCAUUUGGCCAGCCCUACAAGCAAAAGGUAAGCUUAGGCUGGAAUCCUAAUUCCACUAACAUAGGAGUAAGCCCAACUGAAUUUUAGGGACUUACUUCUGAGUAAACAUAGUUAGGAUUGUGCGCAUAGGGGGUGUCCCUAUACUUGCCCCCCCCCCAUGUCAUUCUGUGAAAGCAUGACAUUUCCUCCUGAACUUCUUGGGAAUAAAAAAUACAGUAGUACCUCGGUUUUUGAACAUAAUCCGUUCCGGAAGACCGUUUGAGUUUCAAAAAGUUCGAAAACUCAAAACAGAAAUCUCAGUACGGAAAACUCAAUACGGAAGCUGCGUUUCCAGUUCGACUUUCGAGGCACGUUCGAAAACUGAAGCAUUUACUUCUGAGGUUUACAGCACUCGAAUUCCGAAAGAUUUGUCAGCGGAGACAUUCGAAAACCGAGGUACCACUGUAACUAUGGGAAUUUAACAGGGUUUUCUUUUAUAAGCAUGAUUUCAAGUUAGAAAGCAGAUACCUGGUAGUUUGUGUUCAGUGUCCUCUUCUUCUCGUAAGCUUUCUGUUGCAAUACUUUUUUCUCUUUUUUUUGUAUUUUCAGAUUGCUUUCCAAACAGAAUCGUCUCACCAUGACUCGGAAUGCUGUGUGGGCACUCUCUAAUCUUUGCAGAGGAAAGAAUCCUCCCCCGGACUUUGCUAAGGUAGGAAAUAAAGUCUGAAAAGCGUUGCCUUUUGUGGAUAAGAAAAGGAGUUCACAACAUUCCUUUCUGGAGCAGCCUUCUUAAAUAUCUGGAGGCUUUUAAGGAAACAAAGUUCUCAUCAAGCCGCUCUGAGCCCGGCCUUGGCUGGGGAGGGCGGGGUAUAAAUAAAAAAUAUUAUUAUUAUUAUUAUUAUUAUUAUUAUUUAUUAUCUCUUUAAAAAAAAUUGUUUGCUGUCAUGUAUGCUUCCAGAUGGGGUGAUGGGAGUUGUAGUCCAACAACAGCUGGGGGACCAAGUUUGAGAAACACUGGUUUAGGUCCUUUGUUGAAAAAGAUCUGCGCACAGUAGUAAUUGUGAUGACAGGCAUGCUUAGUCCAUUGAUUCUUCACCCCUCUCAUUUCUUUGUAGGUCUCACCCUGUCUGAGUGUGCUGUCAUGGCUGCUCUUUGUCAACGACACAGAUGUCCUAGCAGAUGCAUGCUGGGCACUCUCAUACUUGUCUGAUGGACCCAAUGAUAAAAUCCAGGCUGUGAUUGAUGCAGGAGUAUGUAGGAGACUUGUGGAACUCCUGAUGUAAGGACUUUAGAUCAAGCAAAUUUAUUUAAUCAAGCAAGUCUAUUAAACGUUGUCCUUUUACUUGCCGUCGUGUCAGGCUGGCCUUGGCUUUUAUUUCUUGCUGAAAGUGCAGGUGUGAAUACAUUAUUUGGGGCCCAAAGCCACCCGUUUUGAACCACAUUGCAGGAACAGUGGUUAUUAUGUCCAUAUUACCGUAUUUUUCGCUCUAUAGGACGCACUUUUUCCCCUCCAAAAAUGAAGGGGAAAUGUGUGUGCGUCCUAUGGAGCGAAUGCAGGCUUUCCCGGGCUUCCUGCAGCUCCGCGCCACCCUCCCGAUCCCGGCGUGAAGCCGCGUGGGGCUCGGGAGGGUGGCGCGGAGCUGCCUGCAUUCCAAAGCCUGGUGCGCACUGAAGAGCGCGCCCGGGCUUUGCGCACCUCUCCACAAGCCUGGGGAGACCAGCUCGGUUCCCUAGGCUUGCGGAUAGCAGGCUGUUCUGGGGGCUGGGGUCGGGGGAAGCUCGGGCUUCCCCCGCGCCUGCCCCGUGCCUGGGGAGGGAAUUUUUUUUUCUUUAUUUCCCCCCCCCCCAAAAAAAAAAAUAGGUACCUUGAAUGCACCUUGUUUUAGAGGGAGAGAACAAGAAAAAAAUUUUUUUCCCUGUUCUCCCCCUCCUAUGAUCCGGUGCGUCCUAUGGUCCGGUGCGUCCAAUGGUGCGAAAAAUACGGUACUUAAAGAAACAAAGGAAUAAAUAGAACACAGUGGCCUUGCAUCCUGGCAGCCAGACACAACAGUUGAAGACGUGACUAUGAAACAAAUAACAUUUGACUCUGUUAAACUGAAGCCUUUCUUUUUUCCCUUUUUUAGGCAUAAUGACUACAAAGUGGUAUCUCCUGCUUUGCGAGCCGUUGGGAACAUUGUUACAGGGGAUGAUAUCCAGACCCAGGUAUAAACACUGCUCACUGCAACAACAUUUACUGAUUCCAGUUUUCACAGUAACUGAAUAGAAGUAAAUCUCUUUCUUUCAGUCCUCAGCCUCAAGAGGCUUCAUAGAGUUGAACAUGUAUUGUGGGUUAUAUCCAAUGAAAAUGUUGCACAAGCAGAACAACUUCUGCUCAUACAAUGGAACUUUUCCUUCCUCUCCACCCUCUGUGCACCCCACACAUUCCCCUCCAAAUCUUUUCUGGGGGUUCUCUCUGUCAGCAUCGCCCUUGAGCCAGUGCCACCGACUGGACUCAUCCACUUCAGCCACUCUCUGGGCCAGGCGAGCUGGGGUAGCACUUCCAGAGACCACCUUCUGCACAGGAACAGGUCAAAGUGCUGUGGACUCACAACUCAGAGUUGUGAGCAUCAGAUUCACUUCCGAAGAUAGUCGUUGCACAGCAGAGUACAGCAGAGCAUAAACCACUCGGAGAACAGCUCUGUAGAAUAACUACUUUUAUUCUAUCUACAACUAUCAUACAAACUAUAUACAGAGCUAAAUGAAGAAGCUGAACUGCACUGAGUGUCUGCAGCUGCUCUUAGCAGCAACCUUAUCUAUACAGAGAUAACUCUCUCUCUCUCUAACACUCAGUCUCUCUCUUUGAUGUGAGGCUGGAGCAGAAUAAGUAGUGAGCAGAAACUGCCCCCUCCUCUCUGGAGAAUCAGCAGAGAACAUCAGCAGAUUCUUGGAAUGGGAGGGGUGAAAUCUCCUCACUCCCAACACUCUGGAGCAGGUAUGGGGGUUGGAGGAGGAGAAGUUCUAUUGUGCAGAUAGAACUCUUUCUGCCCAUGCAAUGACUUCGUUGGAUUCAACCCUUUCCCCCCCUUAAACCUCCUUGAGGUUUUGUGCCUUGAAAUCCUGUGUUCAGAAAGCCACAUUGGCCUUACUCCUGGUGUCCUUGGCCUGCGCUUUCCUUGAAAUACUCAUGCCUGUGGUUGCUAGUUCCAACUCUCUAGGAUACGGCUAAAUCUUUAAGGCAUACAUAAUGGCUCGUGGCAUUCUUUAGUAUCAUGCUUCUCAAAAUGUUUGAAGUCAGAGCCAACUAUAUGCUAACUCCACUUUUUUGAGCCUGACCUUCCUUCUCUACAACAGAAACGUGAGCAUAUCAAUAUAGUGAGUAAGCUGAUGAUGAUGAUGAUGAUGAUGAUGAUUCUAAUAUAGGUGUAUGAAUAGGCACUAUGUAGCCGGAUAGAAAUUCAGCAUGACAGGAAGGGAAGGAGUGCGUCUCUUCAGUGAUGCUCCCAGGGAUAGUGUGCUGUUCACCUAGUUGUGGCAGGGAGACUUUCUUUCUGGAAUCUGCUCAGGAAAAGUGCCAGGACCCACAGUUUGAGAAACACUGUUUGAGCUUGUUGGCUAUAGGGUAUCUGUGCAUAUCCUUUUCCCUGAUUUUUUUUAGUGCCUAGGAACCAAGCACUAUUUGUGCUACUCAACUUCCUUAUUUCAGUUCAGCAUCUUGGAGUUUUCCAGUCAAGUUUGAGCAUGCACCCUUGCUCAGUGUUAGAUUGUAAACCUGCCUUUUGAGCAUGGUGGUCUCUGAUAUUUUGAGUAGACUUUCUUUGCAUCUCUUGCAUGGUGAGCAUCUGCAUUUGUAAACACAUCUUUGUAAUGUUCUCCAGAAUCCUUUCUUCCUGUCCUUUGCUUACAGUUCUCCAGUCAGUUGUGCACCUGCUGUACAGUGGCAAAACCCACCCUUUGUAUCCUUAAUGGGCUGCAAGAGCAAGUCUUGUGAGACUUGUUAAAUAAAGUCUAAUGAUAAACAACCCCUGCUUGCUCUUCUUUGGCAAAGCCUGCCACUUCAUUGCGGGAGAAAUUUAAGCUUUCAAAAUAAUAUUUUCCAAUCUUUCACAUUUACUUUCUUGCUCACCUUAUAUUUACAGGGUUAGUGUAUGAGACAUCUAGGCUCAUUGGUUAGAUUUGUUAAUAUGAAAAUGCCUACCUAUGCAGUCUUUAACAUUAUUAACAUUUACAUUACUUAGAAUAUCUGCCUCCUCAUCAGUGACAGCUUACUUUCCACUAAAUCUGAGACGAGAAAGGUAUUAAGUGCACCUGUCUUCUCCGUCAAGUUCUUCAAACUCUCAUGCCCUGCUCUGCUCCUGUCAUUGACAGUGCUUUCUGUGCAUGGAAAAGGCCUUUAUGUUGCCUUUUCUGCCUCUUGCGUUCUUUUCGUUUCUUCCCACUUGAUUUUAUCUUCAGGCAGACCUACUGCUAUCUUAUUCUCCCCUUUACUUCCUUGAGCUUUCUGCUUUUUCUCAGCUAUUCUUUCGAUUUUAGAUAAGGAAAAAAUCUCUUUAUUAUGCCUUCCUCAUGUUUGCUUAAGGUAAGUGUGCAUGGAAUUUUUAGAUCCAUCUUUUGGAUGCAGUCUAAAAUCAAUCUCUUUCUUUCCGUUUCCCAGGUAAUAUUGAAUUGUUCGGCUCUGCAGAGUUUACUACACUUGCUUAGCAGUCCUAAAGAAUCAAUCAAAAAGGAAGCAUGUUGGACAAUAUCAAACAUCACAGCUGGAAACAGAGCGCAGAUUCAGGUAAUGAAGCUGGCUGGCUCAGAGGUUCACUUGCCAACACAAAAUCAGAUUCUUAGAUCUAUUGCUGUCCAUGCAGACUUUGGCAGAAUAUUACACGCUCUUGCUUGUAUCUCAUUUGGCAUUUUCAGCAGACUUUUAUAAAUUCAAGAUCAAAACUGGAAAAUGUCAGGAGAACAGGAGAAUAACUCUACUCCUCCCCCCACAAAAUAUUAGACUAGUUGGAGAUAGAUGCUCAAUACUGUUGAAUACAAAACAAAGCAAGCAAACAAAAACCACUGUUGAAUCCAGCUUUCCUUGAUUAGAGUAACCUGCGCCAUCCCCCUUUCUGCUGAACUCAAGCUGGUUAUUUGGUCUAAACAACAAUGAACAAACCUAUGGUAACAUAAAGCAUCCUCAAUAAACACACGAGACAUAACCGGCUGUCUUCUCAGAUAAAUUUAGCAGGGGAUCAAAUACUUUCCCCCCUCACUGUAGCACUCUGUGUCACAUUACUAUGUUGAAGCAAAUAAUCCCGAUUUUUAAAUCUGCUAUUAAGACCUUGUUUAUUUUUCAGACUGUCAUAGAUGCCAACAUUUUCCCAGCUCUGAUAAGUAUAUUGCAAACUGCCGAGUUUCGGACAAGAAAAGAAGCAGCUUGGGCUAUUACUAAUGCAACAUCUGGUGGCUCUGCGGAGCAGAUCAAGUAAGUGCCAGCAAGGUUUCCAAACAAAGAUCUUCAGGGUGGAAGGGUUGUGCUGAGAGCUGGUGCUGCAAAGUUUCUCUUUUCUCCUGCACUCCUCAUCCCCCUUGACCAAAAGAUGCCUGCUCUAUUCACACAAGUUUUAUCAUAUCUCUGUCAGGAGUGGGGAACCUCUGGUCAGCAUAGCUAAUGGCCAGAGUUUAUGCAGUUGUAGUCCAGCAAUAUCCGGAGAUUUCCCCACUCCAGGCUACACUAUUUUGGUCAGCCUCUUCUAAGGCUUCACUUUCUAGAAGAACUGCCCAGAUUCUUCAUACCACUGAGUGUUAUCCACUGGACAUGCGUGAGCGGAACACUGUUCCUCUCUCUCGAGAACACUUCGUGCUUUUGAGGGUGACUUAACCAAGAUGCCAGAAGUGGUGCUGCCACUUUGCCAAACCGGAUCCUCUCGUUGUCUUGAUUCUCAAUCCAUUGUGCUUUUCAGGUACCUGGUAGAACUUGGCUGCAUCAAACCACUCUGUGACCUCCUUACGGUAAUGGACUCGAAGAUUGUGCAGGUGGCUCUUAAUGGGCUGGAAAACAUCCUGAGACUGGGCGAACAAGAAGCCAGGCGAAGUGGAACUGGCAUUAACCCAUACUGUGCACUCAUUGAGGAAGCCUACGGUAAGGGGAUGUGCUGGUGGGUGACAUCCGUAUUAGACUAUCCAGCUUUUGCCUCGUUUCUCAUGGUUCAUUAUGACCUCAAAGUAAAUGGAAGACUUUCCAAGCAAAAUUGUACUCUUUCAGUGUCGGGGGGGGGGGGGAGGACCUACUGUACAUUUUCUUGCCCAUAAUUUUCUUUCUAGUACUCUUCCUUUGUAACAACUUCUGAUACUUCCUCAGUUGCCUUUAAUUUUCCAGUUCAAGUAGCAUUUAGGGACAUAAGAAUAGUCUGCUGGAUCAGGCCAGUUGUCCAUCUUGUCUACAAGAGCACUCUCCCCUCUCAUGGUUUCCAACUGUGGAGGAAAUAGCCACAGAUAGCCCUCUCCUCCUUGAAUUUGUCUAAUCGUCUUCCAAAAUCAUCCAGAUUGUUGGCUAUCACUGCCUCCUGAGGAAGCAAGUUCCAUAGUUUGACUAUAUACUGCAUGAAGAAGUACCGUAUUUUUUGCUCUACAAGACUCACUUUUUCCCUCCUAAAAAGUAAGGAGAAAUGUGUGUGUGUCUUAUGGAGCGAAUGCAGGCUGCGCAGCUAUCCCAGAAGCCAGAACAGCAAGAGGGAUCGCUGCUUUCACUGCACAGUGAUCCCUCUUGCUGUUCUGGCUUCUGAGAUUCAGAUUUUUUUUUUUUCUUGUUUUCCUCCUCCAAAAACUAGGUACGUCUUGUGGUCUGGUGCGUCUUAUAGAGCGAAAAAUAUGGUACUUUCUUAUAUUUGUCCUAAAUAUUCCAACAUGCAGUUUCAUGGGAUGUUCAUGAAUUCUAGUGUUACAAGGGGGGUGGGGACUUCUCUAUGUCUUUCUGCAUGCCAUGCAUAAUUUUAUAGGCGUCUAUCAGGUCACCUCUUAUUUGCCUUUUCUCUAAACUAAAAAGUCCCAAAUGCUGCAACCAUUCUUCAUAUGGGAGCAUCUCCACCCCCUUGAUCAUUUUGGUGCCUUUUUCGGAACCUUUUCCAACUUGGUUCAUUUCUGCAGAAAAUGCUGGAUACAAAGAUAAUGGCAGUGCCUCUUUUCAAAAUAAAAGCAGAAUUUUGGAAAUACCUCUUCAUAUUUGUGGUUGCUUACAGUCUGCAGCACAGGCGGCGCUGUGGUCUAAACUACUGGCCUCUUGGGCUUGCCGAUCAGAAGGUUGGUCGUUCGAAUCCCUGCAAUGGACUGAGCUCCUGUUGCUCUGUCCCAGCUCCUGCCAACCUUGCAGUUUGAAAGCACACCAGUGGAAGUAGAUAAAUAGGUUACAGCUGUGGCGGGAAGGUUUCCGUGCGCUCUGGUUUCCGUCACAGUGUGCCAUUGCGCCGGAAGCGGUUUAGUCAUGCUGGCCACAUGACCCAGAAAGAUGUCUGUGGACAAACUCCGGCUCCCUUGGCCUGAAACUGAAAUGAGCGCCACAACCCCAUAGUCGCCUUUGGCUGGACUUAACCGUCCAGGGGUCCUUUACAAAUGCCGAAAUAUAAAUAUAACCAAAAUCUUGCAGUUAGGCUGUAGGCUUAGCUGCUGCACUGGGCACAACAUAAAGAUCCUCUUAAGUGCAUUUUUGUGGAUUAUAACACCAGAGGGUUUUGCAGAGCAUUUUAAUAUUUCUAUACCACAUCAUUACCUAAGCAGCACCUGCAAAGUCUGAAGUAACGAAGAGGCAGUUGUGGGAUGGGAUAGCUCCAAUAGCAAUGGAAACUUCUGCCUUUAGAAUCUUUGUGGGGUCUCAAUGGAGUCUCCUGGUUUUUAAUUGAAGCUACAGUUCAGAUAGCCUGGUCUGUGUAUCUCGCUCCGUCUUUGCCCCACCCCCUUCUCAGCAACAUGCUGAGCUAUCCAGGUGUCCACCUGGCCAUCUAGGUGUUUGGGGACUCUAGCUACUGUCAGCCCCAACCAGCAUGGCAAAUGAUAUGGCGUAAUGAGGAAUCCACUAAUAUCUGGAGAGCCAGAGGUUCUCCACCGUUGAUAAAGAUGAAACAGUGCAGGUAUACCUGCCUCUUCAAGAACUGAGGGGCUCUGUGUAUUUUUCUUGCAGGCCUGGAUAAGAUUGAAUUCCUGCAGAGUCACGAGAACCAAGAAAUCUACCAGAAGGCCUUUGAUCUGAUUGAGCACUACUUUGGGACAGAGGAGGAAGAUAGCAGCAUUGCCCCCCAAGUCGAUCUUGGCCAGCAGCAGUACAUCUUCCAGCAGUGCGAGGCUCCCAUGGAAGGUUUCCAGCUGUGAGGCGCUCCUGUGCGCUGCGUUGCACUUGCCCAUCCAGCCCUAUUGUAGAGCUCUGAGUUGCCCACAGAGUGGUCCUGUUUUCCAUAAACCUGUGUGAGCUCAUUUGCUUGCUUUGCACACACGCUUCCUUACAAACACAACUGGAAAACAUUUGGCUCUUUGUUGUAGGACGCCACUUUGGUAAGGGCUUACCCUAGCUGCUGUGCCCAUCUCUCCAGAGCUUGGGCACUUCUGCCAAGAUGUCAGUUUUCCCCAAUGAAGUACACACUAAAGUGGUGUAAUCCUAGAUUCUAAAACAAGGGUGGAGUUUCCUUUGUGUGUCUGUGUGUGUGUUGCAGUGUUCUUGCUAUCGACAAAGAGGAUUCGAGAGACUCUUCCUUUCCGGGCGCUCCUGGAGUGCCUGUCUCAUUGGAGGCUCACGCAGAAUUUGGAAUGGUGGUGGUUCUGUGUGUGGCAGCUUGGGCUUCUGUUAAUAUAUAUAUAUGUAUGUAUAAUAUAUAUAUACAUAUAUGAUACACAGAGAUACAGGAAGGAGCUCUCUGUUCCCUGCACUUACAGCCGCCAGUGAAUAAGCUGCUCCAGGUUCUUGAAACAAUGAACAGUUGACAGCAGGCAGGAUUCCUAUGCUGCCCUUUCGACUGCAUGGGGUUUGUUCUCUUCUGUCUGCAUGAGGAACGGAGCCCAUCUCUCUGUACCUCCCAUGGGGCAGCCAGGGCUCUUUUGAAGAUGUCCGAAAUCACGUCAGGGAUAGAGGAACUGUUCCUGUUCAUCUGCCACAGCAUCAAUUGGCUCCCUCUACAUUCAGACUGAAAUCUCUUUCAAGUUUUGAAAGUGGUCCUCAUUAACAUGGUUCCUGCUGAGAAAUCCACGCUUGAGUUUUUGUAAACGUCUUGGUUGAACAGGGCUGCCUGUAAAUCACAUUCUGUUGUAAAUUCCUGAUAUGCUAAAAUAUUGAAGCAAAGAAGAUAACUGGCUCCCUGGGCCACCUCUGCUUACGUGGACUGUAGCUUCUAAGUCAGGCCAGAAAGGGACAUCUGGAUUCUAUAAACUUCACUUAAAGGCACAUAGAACGCUCUUAUGACUAAUGAAAUCCAAGUUCUGAAAUCAUCGGCCUAAUAUUCUUGACUGACACCGCUCAUUUAAUCCUUAGUACAGCUGAUCUCUGGCCAAACGCCAUCAUGUCAGCUUCCUGCAACAACUAGGGGUGUCGUUCCGUCUCCGUGUCUGUAGAAUGCUCUCUUGACUAGCACCAAGAUGGUGGCUCUCCGAUAUGCUCGGACUGAAGACAUUGGAUAUGAAUGCCAAUUGUUUUGAACCUCUUCACCUAGUCCAAGGCCAGCCGACUCCGACAGCAUAGUCUUAAUUUAACUUGGCAUCAGCCAUGAUCAGCAGUGUUGUUCACUCUUUGUGAAUGCAUGGAUCUUGCAGGAGGCUUGCACCCUGUUCCCUGACCGGGCAGCACCUUGAGUCAGUUUGACUUUCCAGGACUUGACCUUCCAUUACAAACAUUGUGAAUACAUAAUAAAUUCUGUUGUCAGAAUUGUUUGACAAGAUUCUUCAUGUUAUAAUUAACGGAAGAAAACUGACAUCGCCUGCAACGAAAUAUACUUUGUCAACCUGUUAGGAGGUAUGGUCUCAUCAGUGUUCUUCUGUGUGGCUGACCCUUCUCCUGAACACUUUGUAUCUAUGUCUGUGCUUUUAGGAUGGAAGCUCUCGCAGCUGCCAGUUCUGUCCAUUCUUCAUCAGCCUCCACCCUCUUAACUUCCUUUAGUUUUGUGCUGCUUUAUGAAGAAGCAUCUUUAGGUUACCAUUUCAACUUCAGUUGUUUGUAACUUUAAAAUUAGGGCUGGGCUGAGAUGGGGGGGGCGGGCAUGUGUUUUGCAAUAAACUUAUUUCCCAUUUUGGUUAUUGUUCUGGGGGAAUUUAAAACCAGGCAAAAACAGUUGGCCCCCUACUAUGAGAGAAGGAAUCUAUGGCCUCUCUCUGAUUUGGCAUAGUGGGAUCAUCACGUAACCAAAUCCAGCAGGAUUGGCUGGAUUGAUGUUUAAAAGGGGGGGGGGAAAGGCACCAAAACCGCAGAUGGGAGAAAGAAUCCACAGUGAACAGGAAGCAAACAAUGUACAAGAAAGGUAAGCGAGGUGUGAGAAGAGUAGUUUCAUGGGGUGUAUUGUGGGCAAAAAAUGAAGUGCAGUCUGGUUGGUUUGUUCUUUAAAUUAGGUGGCUAAUCUUCAUAACAACCUCAAUGUUGCCUUUAUAUCCCAUAGUAAACCAUGUUUCUUUAAGGGUGGUAGCAGCACUGAUGAAUAGCAAUCUUGUUUCAGCUUCCAGAUUUUUUUUGUGGCUGAGUUUUUUAAAGUGUAAAUUACUGAUGACAUGUCAUUUCUAUAAGAUUUGUUUCAAAUCAUGUACUUUAAUUGAUAGUUUUUCGGGGGGGCAGCAAGCUGCAUAUUUUGUAAGCCAAUUUCAGUGAAGGGUGCAUGUGGUACAGAAAUGUCUCACAUGCACAAACACUGACAGUGUGUAUAUGUGUGUGCUUACCUAGAGUAUAUAUGCACAGGCACACUCCUCCAACGUGUGUGCUAAUGUGUAUGUAUAUAUGUAUAUUUACACACAUCCUAUAUCUUUCUCACACCGAAAGUUUUUCUCCCAAGCUAGUGAGAACGUGGUGCAUUGGUGUUCCCGCUAGGAAAUAAUGAAUUCUCUCUUUAAAGGAGUGAAUUAAACCAUAAAUACAUAGAAGUGAAAUGGAG